UCUGGCGGCGUCGAUAUUUUAUCUGUCUUGUAUACACUUACAUCGACAGAUUUACCAUUCGGCUGACUACACACUGGACAUAACAGGGCCUUUGAUGGUAAUCACACAGAGAGUUACUUCCCUGGCCUACUCAAUACAAGACAAUCUAACUCAGAAGGAAAUCAACUCGAACACGAAGAGUCCUGAGUCUUCACUCGCACAGAAAAUCGACAAGAUUCCGUCUCCUCUCGAGUACUUCGCCUUUACACUCGCCUUCCAAACGUUGAUGUGUGGACCAGUAGUGUUCUAUACCGAUUACAUCAACUUCAUAGAAGGCGCUCGAAUUGACGAGCAACAAAGCGCGUCUGCUAACGAACCAUCACCUAGGAGAGCGGUGAUGUACAAGCUGAUGGGCUCCAUUGCAGCUGCUCUGUUGUACUUGACUUUGGCGAAGAAAUACCCAUUAGCGGUGCUCGAAGAGCUCACCGACCCCACAUCGGAGGUGUCCCGCUCCUGGUCGGCGCUGUACCUCCUCUGGUACGCGUACCUCUCGACCCUCGUGGUCCGCUGCAAGUACUACCACGCGUGGCUGCUCUCCGAGGCCAUCUGUAAUAACUGCGGGAUGGGCUUCAAUGGCUACGAGAGCGACGGCACGCCUAAGUGGGACAAGAUGUCCAACAUAGACGUGUUUGGAUUUGAGUUCGCCCAAAAUUUCCGCACCGCCAUCGCAAGCUGGAACAAGAACACGAACGCGUGGCUGCGCUGCGUGGCGUACUCGCGCGGCGGCGCGGCGUGGCGCACGGCGCGCGUGUACGCGCUGUCGGCCGUGUGGCACGGCUUCCACCCCGGCUACUACCUCACCUUCCUCGCCGGCGGCCUGUUCACCGUGGCCGCUAGGAAGAUUCGAUCAGUGGCGCGCCCGUUGUUCAUGGAUAGCCGGCCGAAGAAACUAUUCUACGACUUGCUGUCGUUCGUGACGACGCGUGUAGCGAUGACGUAUGCAACCGUACCGUUCGUGCUGCUGCACCUGGCGCCGAGUUUGGCUUUUUAUGGUAAACUGUAUUAUUCCCUGCAUUUCAUUGCCCUUGGCGCACUGCUUAUUCCUGAACGAUCACGCGCCUCUCCUGUAAACUCCGAGAUGUCACAAAAACCUUCCAACUCCAGUAAAGAAACGCACGAACCUAAUGGAGAUACUAAUGGUAAACUAAAAAUAAAUUAAACGUACAAUAAUGGUGUCUAUUUUUAUAAAGUUAAAUUAAAAAUUGUAAAGAGUCUCCCAAUAUUUUGACUGACAAUAUAGCUUCCAGUUUAUGAAAGUUGAUCUUAUUAAUGACAUAUUUUAUUUUUAAGGUCAGGUAAGCGAAACAUCCACUUACAUUGCCUGAAGUUGAUGAAACAGUAUUACAUUAUAAUAUUUAUAAUCAAGUGGCACUUGUUUCACUUGCCUAACCUGAACAUAUUUCUUAAAAAUGUUCUAUAAGGCGAUGGCUCCGAAAUUUUUAGUCAGUAAUAUUAUGUUGUUAAAUAUAUUUUUGAUAAUAUGUAGUAAUUUUGGGCUUAUGAGCACUGGCAGGAUAAAAGUUUUUGUUUGUUUAUAAUUUUAUGAUGACAGGACAUAUUUUUUUGCCUAUUUUUGUAUCAUUAAAUUCAUUAAGUUAUAUAUUUAUUUCAAGUAUUAACUAAUAAGACGUUCGUUCAGACUCAAAUAUUGCAUUUACUUAUAUAUUGUUUUACAAGUAGUACUAAAGUACAGCCAGCAAGUUGAGAUAAUAUUUUUUGUUUUUACUCCUUUUGGCAUGGUUUGUUGUUGGCUUUUACUCCUUGGUGAGUUUAGCUCGGAGGACACUGACGGCGCCAAAGACUUGUACUGUACCCCUUAUGCACAAAACUAUACAAGGCUCAAUAAGUUAAUUUAUGUUUUAUUCCUUUCUUACAAGUACGAGUACAUAAGUCAAAAUGACAGAUUACGACAAACGAUUAAUAGCUAAUUUUUAGGUUUGUAGCGCGUUUAUGAAUAAAGCCACUAGACUUUAUUCUGAAUGAGCAUCUUACUCUUGUAGUUAAAGUAAGUAUAUUAACUGUUAUUACUUAACCCUUUACCAGGCUGACAGUUCAAAAAUGAAAAUCCAGUGUCAUUCUUACUCAUCGAAAAUAGAACACAUGUUUGAAGUGUCGUAUGUGGGAGAUAUAUAUCCCUUAGCCUGGUAAAGGGUUAAAGAUUCAUUGAUUGUAUUUAGAUACCUAUGUAAAGUCUGAGA